AUGAAGGAAAGCGUUUGGGCAGGUUGGACCACUCCCAUUUUUGUGAUCCGAUUCGCACUGAUCACACCGACCGUAUUCUACUGGACCUAUGGAGAAGAGCACUACACAAUUGUCAGCCGCGAUGUCGAGUUAUUCAACGACACCUACGACACGGCCAUCGUCACCAGCGAAAGGUUGGCAGCCAAAUGGGGAUUCAUUUUAUUCCUGUAUAACAUGGUCAUUCUUCUUCCUUCAAUAAUCUUCAUACCUCCGAUGAACAUACUUCUGGCAAUUGUCGACACCGCGUUCACCGUUUUUGUAUCGAUCACUACGCAUUCUCAGACUGCAUACAUACCUUACAGCCUGGACAAAUGCCGUGACCCAGUAGGCCUGGAAUUAAGCCGACCUCCAGGCACGAAUGAGAGCUUUUUUGCUGCUGCCGGAAGGCUGAACGAAACAAUCGCAAGUCCUACUAAGAUGUGCUGGGACUUUGUGAAGGAACGCCAAUAUGGGAUCGCACUAUCUUUUUUCUAUGCCCUAAUAUCUUUCCUCGGAUUGUUUACAUUCUUUGGCCAGAUUCGACAAGCCAAGAAGGACAACAAACCCAUUCUUGAUCUAUUCACAGAGGGGCUCAGCUUCAUCGGGCGCUGCCUGUUCUGCUUGAUAAAAUGGCCAGCGGUAGUCUUGUGGUUCGUUCUGCUCUACACUCCAAUUUUGGCCUUUCGAUGCCUACCCAUAAGCUUGAAAGCCCCGGUGCGAUCAGGGCGUCGGUGCGUCGUCAAGACUGUACUAGGUGCAGAGCAAAAGACGGAGAUCAUGUUAUCAGAGCUGAAACACGACUUAACGAAGGGAGAAGAUACAGUGAAAUUGUACCAAAGUAGUGCUGGAACGCACACCGAGCUAGCACAGUUCCUUGGCAUCUACGACAUGCUCGUCCUGGUUGCUAAAAACCUACACUACGCUGAUCUCAUCAACCUAUCAACCGUCUCGAAGUCAGCUAUAUACAUGCGGACCUGA